UUUUUCUUUUUUUCGCAGAUAGGUACAAGAAUGUGAUUGUAAAGUAGGUCUGGUCGGCAUGGUGAUGAUAAUUGGAGGCCAAUCAGUUUAAAACCGGCCAAUGCCAUUGAUUAGCGUAGCUGUGUAUCACGGCGAGCUUAGUUCGCGAAGACCAUGUCGGCGGUGAUGAGCGGCAUGGCCAGCCAUGGCCACAACGAUGCUUCAGCUGGACCAAUGACUACAAUGCCUGGUAUUGGUGACGUCCCUGGCCGACCCGUUGGUCUCGGUUCCACGACCACACCCUACGAUAUUAUACCCACGAUACGGGUCACAGGGAAGGGUAAAAUGAUGGCUGUCAAGGUGCAAAUGCUGGACGAUGGACUUGCGAUAUUUCAAGUACAGGCGAAGGCCCUUGGACGCGUGUUGUUCGAGCAAGUGUGUCGACAGCUGAGUCUACUGGAAGCGGAUUACUUCGGGCUUGAGUACUCGGACGCGAACGGCACUAGCUAUUGGUUGGACUUGAGCAAGCCGAUGAAGGAACAAAUGGUGCUAAACGCCCUUCGUGACCCGUUGCUCCGUUUCUGUGUGAAAUUCUAUCCCCCGGAUCCGGCCCAGCUGGAGGAAGAAUAUACGAGAUUCUUGUUCUGCCUUCAGAUUAAACGUGACAUGGCGCAGGGACACCUUAUGUGCAACGACAAAACCGCUGGUCUUCUCGCGUCAUAUGUUGUUCAGGCCGAAAGUGGGGAUUAUGCGCCAGAGGAUUACCCGGAUUCCUCUUACCUUUCUAGUUACAAAUUUGUGCCACAUCAAAGCGAGGAGUUAGAACGCCUCAUAAUGGAGAAUCACAAAAAACACGUAGGACAAACUCCAGCGGAGGCGGACUUGAAUUUGCUUGAAACUGCGAGGCGAUGUGAAUUUUACGGCAUGAAAAUGACACCGGCGAAAGACCACGAAGGGGUUCCGCUUAAUUUGACAGUUGCUCACAUGGGACUGAUAGUGUUUCAAAAGGUUGCGAAAAUCAACACCUUCUCGUGGGCGAAAAUUCGUAAAUUGAGUUUCAAGCGCAGAAAAUUUUUAGUGAAGUUGCAUCCUGAAGGAUGCGUCAGUAUCGGGCGGAAGUAUUACAAGGACCAGGUAGAAUUUUUCUUUGAUGGAAGAGACGAAUGCAAGAAUUUUUGGAAAAAAUGCGUGGAACAUCAUGGUUUCUUCCGGUGUUCAUCAGUCAAACGCAUUCCUCGACACCGACCAAAAGUUAUGUCAAGAGGCUCGUCCUUUCGAUACGUAGGAAAAACUCAGAAAGAGAUGAUGGAUUUCGUGCGAGGGAAUUUCGUGAAGCGACAAUCUUUCCAGAGGUCUCAAUCGUUUCGACAACCGCUCCAUUCAGUCCUAGGAUCUCAUCCAAAUGUUGGUUCCGCUCUUGAUAGAGGUGGAGUGGGAAUACCUCAUCCUUUGUUGCCUAUCGGCGACGCUCUCAGUGGUGCACAGUCCAUGGGCUCCAUUAGCCUAUCUCACGGCGGUCGGGGUAGCCUUGGCGGUGGCGGAACGCUAUCACGGCGCACGGGCGACUCGGUAGCGUCGGGUCUCCGCGGCGCCCAUUCCCCGGUGUCCCCGUCGCACACGGAUCCCGGUGGCGACUUGCCGGAGUACGAGGAACGACGCCACGAGGAAUGCUCCCGUCCCGGCGACCAAAUGCAAAUGAAGCGCGGCGGUGCUGGCCAUCACUACGAGCUGCCCGAAACACCGUCGACGUCAAAGCAAACCACAUCAGUGACGUCAUCGCCGCAGCGAGCCGCCACAACCGACGACGACGAGUUCUCGUCGUCGCCGCGUCGCACAUGGGCUCACCGGAACGUCGCACCAGGUCAGGGUUUUGUGGGUAAACGCAGGGGUGUUGUCGGCGUUCGUCGCGGCCCUCCCGGUGGUGGAGAUUCUUCUUCUUUCGAGUAUUCUUCCGCGUCUGCCGACUCUUAUUGCUCGUCUUCAGUGUAUUCCUCUAUCGCGGGCGUGGGUGGAGUGCCGUUUCGUUAUGAGAUGCCGACGACGCAGGUUUUGCCGUCGGUGCAGGACGAAGACGAUCUGUCAUCGGUCGGCGAUGUUUCAUCAGCGAAUUCGCGCGUCGGGGACACGGUGAUUGAAAAGAACGUCAUGGUUGCGCGAUCUCAGAGUGACUCGCAGUUGUAUUCUGACGGCGGCGGCGGUGGGGGUUGUUAUGACGAUAACGAAAAGGCAUCUAGUUUGCGUCGCGGCGGCGCCAAUCGACACUCAUUUCCCAGAGCCUCGCGCGUCAAGCGUCUUUACGAAGACGAUGACGAUGACGGCGGCGUCGAUUGCGGCAUGUUCAACGAAGGAAACGAUUUCCGAUUAGCGUCUCCGGAAGACACGUAUCGUAAUUUCGAAGAUAACCUUUCCCACGAAAGCUACGAGUUGCUAGAAGCCGAAGGAGCCUCGAUGACUCCCCAGAUCCGCGGUUCCGCGCCGACGUGUUUGUGCAAAGAAUGCGUGCAAUCCCGUUCCUUGGGCAAUAGUCGAAGAGCGUUGUCGAGCAGCGAAAGUUCUUUGGAAGGGGAACUCCGUGCGACGAAAAGCGAAGGCGGCAGUGGUGGCGGCGGCGGCAAUGGAGUUAGCUGGCGAGGUUUAGGACAAAGGGAAUACCCAACAUCCAUUCCGUACGUGUUGCAUCGUAGGCUGGUGAGUGAAGAGGCGGCUGCGUUCCGAGCAAGGGAUCCCCGACUGAGCGAGACGCUCCCGAGAAUGUCGAAGAAACCGCCGCCGGUGCAGCGUCAGAAGUCGCUGUGCUUGGACGCGUAUCAUCGCAGUUCUGGUGGCGGCGGCGGCUACGCUCAAGGCCUGUCUAGUUCCAGCAACGAAUCCUCACCCGAACACCGGGCCAAUGCGGACCUUCCGGAUCCGACGACGCUGUCUUUCCGCGAUGACACGAUCGAAGAAGGCGGCACGAUGGUAGUUGGCACGACUGGGGGUGGCGGUGGCGGCAACGUUCCGGAACCCAUAGUAUUUGUCGAAGAAGUCGGCGCUGUUGUACGGAAGGGGUCGUUGCUUGACCGGCGUGCGAAUUACCGGAGUCGGUCGACGACGAACGAAUCUUCCGUCGGGUCCGUGCAAGACGAUACACCCGUGGUGUCAAAAAACGGGUCGGCGGCCGUCGUUGACGAGGACGAGUGCUCCGUGGGGUCGCUGGAGCGCGAAAUCCUGCGCGAGCUGGAGCGCGGUCAGAGCCUGGAGGACAACUCAGUGAGUGAAGUCCUUCAGCGUGCUGGCCUGCUUCGGCCCGACAACGACGGCCUCAAUAAGGCGGCGCAACUCCUUUCUGCUGGUGUCCCGUUGCGGCUCGAGAUCACUCCGCCGACACCCAAGGACUUCGACGAGAACUUUAUGAAUCGCUUUGAAGCAGCGUCGCUGGAGCGCGGGGACUCGGUGACCAGCGCGGAAUCUUCGUCUUUGGUGUCGGAAGAACCGUCUCCGGUUCCUGUUUCUGUUCCUUCCCCUGCUCCUCCUCCUCCUCCAACGGUCGCGGUGAAGCCUCCGUUGCCCGCGAAGCCGAAACUUUUUGCCAAACCGCGAGACAUUCCUCCUGCUCCUGCACCUUUGCCGGCCCCGAAACCCGUGAAACCGGAUUUGCUGCCGGAGAUAUCCGAUGCGGAAGAGCCCCGGGAAGACGAAGAAGAAACGGAGGACAGUCAGCCGGAACGAGGAUACGAUGACGAGGAAGAAACCGAGUCGGGUUCUGGACCGUACGCCACUCCCUACGAUGCGAUCGGAUCGUCCAUCAAAGAAAUGGACUCAGACCUGGACGCGGGGAGUGAUGGACCAAGUGAGGAUUUGUGGAGGGACGUUUUAUACAGCAAACCCACGCCGCCGGCUCCUUCUACGGGCGCCGCGGGCUCGGGUUUAAUCCGAACUCUGUCCCGAAUCAGUGAACACGCGUCGGAGCCUGAAGAUUGUUCCUUGGGUCGUGAGUCGGACAGUGUGACGACGACGAAUUCCCCGCCGCCGGUCUUAAAGUCGUCGCAGAAUGGCAAGUUGCAGCGGGGAUUGAGUAACGAGGUUUGUUCCAGCGACGGAUUGCCGAGUCCACCAUCGUCGGCGAUGGUUCCUGCCGGUGACAGUUCGCUGACGGAAGUGACGGUGACGCACGUGGACGCGGAUUUUCAUCCGGGAAAAACGAUGCUUCGUGGUGACGGCGACGAAUCCAGUUCGUCGACAGAGGAGACCGUGCAUGACUCGGAUGUGGAGUCUCUGAAUCAAGCGCUGGAAUUGCUCGGGGACAUAGAAACCGAUGACGACGACGACGACGACGAUGAUGACGACGACGAGGAAGAUGAAGACGACGAAUUGGAAGAAGGCAAGGGCACGGUAAGGAGGAAUGCUUCUCCGCCUCCUCCGGUUCCUCCGCGAACGACUUCCAAGCCCGCCGCCAUCAAUCUCAACAGCGAUUUCAGCGACAUAUCAUACAUUGAUCGAACAAACAGCUCAGAGGAGUCUUCGUUGUCUAAUUCUAAAUGCAACGGAUUGGUGCCACGACAGGGGUCGAGCACAGAUUUGCCGUUGCCGCCACCGCCGCCUCCAACGGACUCGGAAUCCGCGCAGCCGUCGCAAGAUGCGUCCGAAGAGUUUCCGGAUCCGCCGGAAGAUGUUCGAGACACGGGACGUGGAUUCACUUCGUCGACGCGCGGAUUUUUGUUCCAUCGGUCUUUCACGCAAUCCGUGGAUAAAAGCCCGUCUCCGACGCCCGGAGAUACAGGAACUUUUAAUCCGUUUCUAACCAUUUCGCAUAGCAGCGCGGAUUCGCAGUCUCCCGAAGCCAGGUCACCGAGUGUGAGGUCAGUGGAUGAACAAUUGCCGGCUGGGGUAGAUGUGGAACCCGGGUUAGCGAGGGAAACCCCCGAGGAUGGGACUGUGCGGAAGCGCAGGAGGAAGAAGAGGCACCGGGUGCAAAUGGAAGUCGACGUGGUUUCCGGGAUUUGUCGACCAGUGGAUAGUGGGGGAGAGGUCGUCGAGGUUGUCGAGAUAUUCGACGAUGAGGAGUACUGA